AUUCAUCACACACACAUACAGCUUAACUAUAUCAAACUCGUAGUAAUACCUUUUUUCCUAUUUAUAGCAAAAAAGACAUGAUGGAAACACUGGAUUCCUCAGCAUUUGUAUUUUUAGCAGGUACGGUGCUGGCGAUUUACGCAAGCCACUGGCUGUACAGAUGGAGGAACCCUAAAUGCAGAAAUGGCGUGCUCCCUCCCGGCUCAAUGGGGCUCCCUCUGAUCGGAGAGACGAUCCAGCUGGUCCUCCCCAGCGCGUCCCUGGACCUCCCUCCAUUCAUCAAGACCAGAAUGAAAAAAUACGGCCCCAUCUUCAAAACCAACGUGGCGGGGAGGCCCGUCAUCGUCACCGCCGACGCCGAGUUCAACCAUUUCCUCCUCCGCCAGGACGGCAAGCUAGCCGACACGUGGUCCAUGGACACCUUCGCGGAGGUCUUCGACCAGGCCUCCCAGUCUUCUAGGAAGUACACCAGGAACUUGGCUCUCAACCACUUCGGAGUCGAGGCGCUCAAGGGGACCCUCCUCCCUCAAAUGGAGGCCAUGGCUACCAGAGUCCUCUCCACCUGGGCCACCCACGAUUCUGUUGAACUCAAAACUCAAGCCGUAACGAUGUCCAUUGACUUUGCCGCCGCCCAAAUCUUCAGCGGGGACGCGCCGUCCAAGAUAAGCGACAUGUUUAGGGAUCUGGUUGAAGGGCUGAUGUCGUUCCCUGUCAACAUUCCCGGCACUGCGCAUCACAAAUGUCUGCAGAUUCACAAGAAAGUGAGGGAGAUGAUGAGGGACGUGGUGACAAAGAGGCUGGCGGAGGCGGAGAGGCGGCACGGGCGCCGCGAUCUCCUGGACCACAUCAUUGAAGACAAGAGCACCGAGGCCUUCAUAAACGACGACUUCAUAGUUCAGCUCAUGUUCGGCCUCCUCUUCGUCACUUCGGACUCCGUCUCCACCACCUUGGCUUUAGCAUUCAAGCUUCUCGCUGAUCACCACUUAGUUCUCCACGAAUUGACUGCCGAGCAUGAGGCCAUCUUGAAGAAGAGGGAUAACUCAGACCACAUUGGUGGCCUCACGUGGGACGAGUACAAAUCAAUGACAUUCACACUUCAGGUGAUCAAUGAGGUUUUGAGGUUGGGGAAUAUAGCUCCAGGAUUCUUUCGUCGCGCUCUCAAAGAUAUCCCAGUAAAUGGAUACAUAAUUCCACAAGGAUGGGUGAUCAUGAUUGCUACGGCUGGCCUACAUCUAAACCCCAACCAAUUUGAAGAUCCACUCAAGUUCAAUCCAUGGAGAUGGAAGGAGAUCCAACCGAGCGUUGUGGCUAAAUGUUUCAUGCCAUUUGGUUCUGGUAUGAAGCAGUGUGCUGGUGCAGAAUACAGCAAAGUUCUUAUUGCAACUUUUCUGCAUGUUUUGGUCACAAAAUACAGAUGGGAAUUGGUUAAGGGAGGGAAGAUUGUACGGUCUCCGAUCAUCAGAUUCCCAGAUGGAUUUCACUACAAUAUCUCAGAGAAACAAAACAGAAGCGAUUAGGGUGUGUCACUAGCUAAAAUAAUUGUAUGUAUGUUUGAUCAAACAAAAAUUUUAAGUUGUUGUGCUGUCUGUUUAAUGUUUGUGAGUUUAUGUAAUGAGGAGCUCCAUAUCUUGUACUCUCUUUGUCCAUCAAAAGUAUGACAUUUUUGGUGGAUACAUAUUUUAAUAAAAUGAUUGGUGAUUUUCA